CUUGACUUGUAAAUCUGGUGAGAGUAGACUCGACCAUGGAAGCUCUGCAGACACUACGACUAGCCCUAGUUUUCUCCAUCUUCGUCCACCUCUCUCUACUCGCCAGGUCGUCUUCUCUCUCAUCAUCGGAGCUUCAGAUUGUCAACGCCGAACGCAGAAUUGACUUGUCUUCCCACAUUGUUAGGGUUUACUUGACUUUGAAGGUUGAAAAUACUGGGACAUCUCCAGCUUCAGAAAUCCUUCUUGCUUUUCCACCUACACAAGUUGAUCACAUAGCACUGGUCAAAGCGACAGUCCCUGUUGGGAAGAAGAAGAAGAAGAAAUCUUAUUUGCCUCUUGAUGUGAAGUCAGCUGAAGUGCCUGAAGGACCAAAUGGAACUAAAUAUUUCUCUAUUUUGUUGCUCAAUCCGUUAAGUGCAGGAGAAUCUGUAACACUUGAAGUGCUUUAUAUGUUGACGCACUCUCUAGAGCCUUUCCCAUUAGAGAUAAGCCAGUCAGAGUCUCAAUUGGUCUAUUACCAUGACACUGCAAUAAUAUUGUCACCAUAUCAUAUUAAACAACAAAUAACUUUUAUUAAGACGCCAAGUACCAAGGUAGAAUCAUUCACAAACGUGGAAUCCACUGACCGAGCGGGUACAGAAAUAAAGUAUGGUCCAUAUGAAGACCGUACUCCAUAUUCAUAUUCUCCCAUAAUCAUUCAUUUUGAGAAUAACAAUCCAUUUGCUGUUGUUGAGGAGCUUGUGCGUGAAGUGGAAAUAUCUCAUUGGGGCAGCCUUCAAAUUACAGAGCAUUACAAACUGGUCCAUGCAGGGGCUCGUCACAAAGGCAUCUUUUCAAGGGUUGAAUAUCAAUCUAGGCCGUCAAUUAGUGGUGUGUCUUCAUUCAAGCUGCUUCUUGCAAGAUUACCCCCUAGAGUUCACUCUGUGUACUACCGAGAUGAAAUAGGGAAUAUCUCAUCAUCACAUUUACGUACAGAUUCUAAGAAGUCAGAAUUGGAAAUAGAGCCACGGUAUCCAUUAUUUGGGGGUUGGAAGGCGACUUUUGUCAUUGGAUAUGGGCUGCCAUUGCAAGACUUUCUUUUUGAGUCAUCUGAUGGUAGGCGUUACCUGAACUUCAGCUUUGGAUGUCCUCUUGCUGAUACAGUGGUAGACAAGUUGACCAUCAAAGUUGUGCUGCCUGAGGGAUCAAAAAGCCCUUCUGCUGUGGUUCCUUUUCCAGUGGAACAACACCUGGAGACCAAGUAUUCAUACCUUGAUGUCGUUGGAAGGACUGUUGUAGUUUUGGAGAAGAAAAAUGUAGUUCCUGAUCACGACUCCCCUUUCCAGGUUUACUACAACUUCAACCCAAUAUUCAUGCUCGCUGAGCCAUUGAUGUUGGCAUCUGUGUUUUUCUUCUUUUUCGUGGCUUGUGUAGCUUACCUGCACAUCGACCUUUCCAUUCGGAAGUGAAAAAGUAACACAUAUUGGGGAUUCUUAAAAGCUUUAUGGGAGAGUAACUUCGACUUUGGCUGUGUGACCUAGGCUAGCGGCCAAGAGUUCUUCAGUGCAUCGACAUGAGAAGAAAUCUUGUGAUACAUUUAAAAUUAUGAAAUUUUGUUUGGGUUUCAAAUAGGAAAUUGUUGCUUGUACAUUGUUCCCCAUUUUAUUGAGACUAAAGUAGGUCCCUGCGAUCAAAAGGGGGAGCUUCAGAUUGCUGGUAAAACGACUCAGGAGGUAAUUUAGACAUAACAUGUUUUAUUUCUCUGUUUUUUGCGCGC